AAUGGCUGACACAAAAUGUUGGCAACAGUAACAGCAACAACAACAGCAACAACAACAACAACAACAAAGCUCUAUGCCGGCGACAAGAUGAAACGCAGCAGCACUCAAACAGCGACCACGCCCACAAAUCAACAACUUUGGCUAUCGUCGCUCAUUUUACUUUUAGCUGGCAGCAGUCAGAGCCGCGCUCAAUGUCCCUGGCAGCGAGAUCUGCCCGAUCUACAGACGAGCUGCAUCUGUGCCUAUAAUCUGGGACGAGAGCUGAGCGUACAAUGCGAUCAGGUCGAGUUCUCGCAAUUGCUGGAGGCAAUGAACAAAUAUGCGAGACUGAAGCCCGUCGAUUUGCUGUACGUGAACAACGCGACCAUUGAGGAGCUGCCAGACGAGAUCUUCAGCAACCUGAGCCUGCACAAUGUGCAGCUGUCUAGCUGUGGCAUCAAGCGCAUCUCGAAUGGCGCCUUCAAGGGCCAGGAGUCGGUGCUGAAGAACCUCAAUCUGCAGGACAAUCUGCUGAGCGAGGUGCCCGUGAAGGCACUCCAAGUGCUGACCAAGCUCAACCUACUCGAUCUGUCGCGCAAUCAGCUCUCCACAAUACCAGACGAUGCCUUUGCUGGCUUGAAUAAGCUCUCCACGCUCAAGCUGAAUGACAACAAUGUGACUCUGGCAGCGAAUGCUUUCCGUGGCCUCGAGCAGAGUUUAAAGAAUUUGAAUUUGAAGGGCACCCGUCAACGUCGCGUGCCCGAGUGCAUCAGGGGACUAAAGAGCUUGGCUUUUCUGGAUCUGUCGCAGAAUGGCAUUAAGGAGCUGCCCGGUGCCGGUGGCAUACGCGUCUUCGAUGGCCUGGAUUCCCUAACGGCCCUAAAUAUGGAACGUAAUCUGAUCCAGAGCAUUGGCGAAACGGCCUUCGCUGGCGUACGCAAAACUCUCAGCUCACUUAGUUUACUCAACAAUUUGCUGUCGGAGUUUCCAAUUGGCGCUGUGCACUCGCUGAAGGAGCUGCGCGUGCUGGACAUCGGUUUCAAUUUGCUCACCACACUGCCGGAGGCGGCUUUUCGUGGCAAUCCGAGCAUUACACUGCUGGCCCUCGACGGCAAUCCACUCAGCACGGUGCCGGAGGGGGCAUUUGCCCAUUUGAAUGCAACGCUGCGUGGCCUGUCCUUGGGCGGACGAUUCCUGCACUGCGAUUGCAAGCUGCGCUGGGUGGCCGAAUGGAUACGCAACGGUGAUUUACAGGUCACCUCGCGCGAGCGCAAUCCCCAAUUCUGUGGUACACCGCCGCGUUUUCGCGAUCGCGGCUUCUACUCCAUACAGCCGGAGGAGCUAAGCUGCCCCGAAAUAGCCGAUGCGGCGCUCCGUGGCCCCGUUGGCCUGGCCGACAAUCUAAAGCCCACGUUCCCCUCCUCGCCCGACUCGGUGGAGUUUGAGACGGGCUCAAGCACAGGCACUGGCAUUGCGGCUGUCGCACCUGUUGCCAGCACCACACAGCCAACCACCACAACCACACUGUCCACCACAACGACAACAACAACAGCAGCGCCUACAACUGCCACCAGCUCCAGCACAGCAGCCAGCACGACUCAGCCACCGAGCACAGCUGCCACAAAGGCCAACAAGGUGUUGCCCACCGUGGGCGUCAAUGGCACCGGCAGCGUCCAGGCGACGGCCAUUUCCUCGACGAGCAGCAGCUCCUCCACAUCGCACUCGAGCCCAGGUAAACAGGCACCGGGCUGGCGUCAGGGCGGCGGCGUGAAUGCGAAUGCGAAUGGCAGUCAGCACAAGCCGCAGCGACCGCCACUGGUGCUCGGCUAUCCGCCGCAGCGUGGCACACGGAUCGACGAUGUCAACGAGGUGCAGGUGAAGCAUGCCUUCCGCCAGGACAGCUCCGUUAUCAUCCAAUGGGACUCGGAGACGGCCAACAUACUCGGCUUUCGGGUCGUCUAUCGCCUGUUUGGCGAGAAGGCCUUCAAGCAGGGCCCGCCGCUGGAGGCCAGCGAGCGUGAGUUCAAGAUCAAGAACGUGCCCGCCCAGGAAUGCAUCAUCGUGUGCGUCAUAUCGCUCGAGGAGCUGCAUGUCACGCCCGAAACGGUGCCCUAUCAGCAGUGCCGCGAGGUGCGCACUGUCGCCUCCCAGACCUCAAACAUGGAUAAGAUAACGAUUGCAGCAAGUGCCGCCAUUUGUGGCACCAUCAUUGUCGCUGUGAUUGUCUUCAUUGCAGCCAGCAGGCGCUCGCGCAAGUUGCAAAACAACCAGCAAAAGAGUCCGUUGCCAAUUGGAGGCCUGCCCGUUAAUUGUUGCGGUCCAACCGGCUCGCCAGGACCACUUGGCUCCAUUGCCACUCUAUCGGCAUUUAACAAUCACAAGGAAUGGGAUCAAGUAUCAGCGUACAGUGGACGCUCGAUACCGCGACCACGCAUCUAUCCCGUUGAACAGCCUGACGAUAUGCGCAGCCAUUUCUCUGGCAUGCCGGGCAAGGUGGCCAAGUCAAGAUCCAUAGCCGAUGGGCAAUCGCAGCACAGUUUCUCGAACAAUUCGCAUCGCGGCUAUUUGGGCACAGCCUUUCCCACCAACCUGGUCAAUUCACGCCCGGAGCUGCGUCAAUCCCGUCAAUCCUUGGCCGCUGCCUCGGAGCGCAUGUCACGCGCCUCCUACGCCGGCUCCAUACAUGGCGGCGGCGGCGGUGGUGGGCCAGGUGGCGGCGGUGUUGGUGUUGCUGGCGGCAGCCUGAUGGGCAUGAGCGGUUUGGUUGGGCCCGGCGGCCCCGCUAGCAUUGCAUCCAGCAAUGCAAGACGUUCGCGUCCGCGUUCCAGAUCACGCGAUCAACUGAACAACACGCACAUACAUAGCCAUCGACCGGGAAGUCGAUAUUCGCAAGCGGGCUCAACGCACACAUUAAACAAUUAUUGCGAUACAUCGGAUAAUUGGACCGAUCAUGAUAUGGACAUCUAUAUGGCCCGCAACCCAACGACGCGCAACGGCCUGGUGCCAUUAUGAGGGCGACUCAUGUUAUC